CUGUUUUCACAGGCUAGUUUUUGUGUCAGUUAUAAUCGCUUUAAACUAAAGUGAUUCCACAGCAAGAUUGGAAUAUGUCGGUGGAUCACUUUUUAAAGCCUUGUUUAGAUUUUGGAGGAGAUUUUAAUUCCCACGCCGGGUGGCGGUAAUAAACUUUAAAGCUGUGUGACACCCGUUUUCAAAUACAGAAGAAGAAACUGAUGAAACCUCUGUAGAUAGACAUUCUCCUUUCCGUUUACAAGGCCAGCAAUGGCGUUGCUUUACGGCCUUAUUUGGCGCCUUCUUUUAGCUUUAGUCCGCAUCAAAAGAGCGACGGUUUCCUGGCUCCGAGUCCGUCUUCGAACAUGGAAAGGCCGUUUCUGGCAGCGGACAAUGGCUGCGCUGCUGCUGCCGGUUCCUGUGGCUGAGUUCAAGCAGAAGAAGGCCGAUGCUAACCAGAGUUCUGACGGUGAUGGUGAUGGCAAAGGCGCUGGAAGCCGUCGGUCACGUUGGAUAUCUGACGGGAUUUCGCUGGAGAAACUACCGGUCCACAUCGGCCUUGUAGUGGCUGAGGAGGAGCUCAGCUUCACGGACAUCGCCAACAUGGUGGUCUGGUGUAUGGCUGUCGGUGUUUCCUACGUCAGCGUCUAUGAUCAUCACGGUAUUUUCCAGAAGAACAACUCUUCUCUUCAGGAGGAGAUAGUGAAACAACAGCACAACCUGUUGGGUGGAGAUGACUCUGCAUUCAACAUGGAGUUACUGAGAAACGGCACAGACAAACCCCAACACUUUGUUGUGUCCUGUAGACCCAUAGUGAAGGUGCUGUCUCCAGAGGAUGGAAAACACAGUAUUGUCCAGGCAGCAAGAAAACUUUGUCACUCUGUGGAGAAGAAGGAAUGGAGCUCUAAAGACAUCAGCGUCUCCGUGUUGGAUGUACUUCUCAGAGAAUCAAAAAAUAUCCCAGACCCUGAGUUGGUGGUGAAGUUUGGUGCUGUGAACAGCACUCUGGGUUUCCUCCCCUGGCACAUCAGACUCACAGAGUUUGUUUCCCUGCCCUCCCACAAAAACGUUUUGUAUGAAGACCUGUUUGGUGCCCUGCAGCAUUACAGUGCCUGUCACCAGCGGCUCGGACAAUGACCUGCAGAUUGUUCUGCUCUUCAGAGAGGAGCACGGAUCAAGUCUAACAUGUUUGUUCAGAGGCUGGAUUGGAGGUGACAUCCUUCCUGUGUACCAUGACCACACCUGUCCUUUCUUCUGGACUAAAAACUUUCAAGAUGGCUAAAAGAUGAAGGAAUCAGGAAUGAUGAGCAGCUCGUCUUCUGCCACUAAUUCGUGUUUCAUGAUGAAAUCACUUUCCAGUAUACUGCAAAUCAGAGGAAGAAGGCUGAACAGAGAUGAACACUGACCUAUAAGGACUAACUCCACUGACUGUUUUGCAAUAUCAACUCCGUCUCCCCAGCCUCUGUGAGUUCUGUGGAUAUCAUUUCCACAGAAAAGAAAUGGAUACAGAGAAAACUAUUACAUUAGUCGUCACUUGGCAUCUUGUUAAAUCCAACCAUUAUUUUUGGAUGGAUUUUCAAUACUGACAAUAAAUGGACAGAAGGUUAGCUUUGAGUGAGAAACCUCAGCAGUCUGUUGGUCUAUUUGUUCUGUUAUCCAAUUCAAAAUUGUCACUUUCCAUUCGUGUUUUAGAAACUGACAAAUGUUUCAGUUUGCCUGAAAUAAAAAAAAGAAUGCACAGUCAUUUUGGUGACUGACCCAGAAAAAAA